UUCAGCUGGAAAAGGAUUAUAGGAUGGAUGUUAAAUGGAUUCGUAAGCGCUCUGGCCAUUUUCUUCCUCUGCAAGGAAUCUCUAAAACACCAACUAUUUGACUCCAAUGGCAAGACCGCAGGCCGAGAAAUUCUCGGUGGAACAAUGUACACUUGCGUCGUAUGGGUCGUCAAUCUCCAGAUGGCUUUAGCAAUAAGUUACUUCACUUGGGUCCAACACAUUGUGAUUUGGGGAUCGAUAGCCUUCUGGUACAUCUUCCUCAUGAUCUAUGGAGCUAUGACCCCAAGUUUCUCAUCCGAUGCAUACAAGGUCUUCCUCGAAGCCCUAGCUCCUGCUCCUUCCUACUGGCUCACCACUUUAUUCGUCAUGAUCUUCGCUUUGAUCCCAUACUUCGUCUACAAGUCAGUGCAAAUGAGGUUUUUCCCUAAAUACCAUCAAAUGAUUCAGUGGAUACGGUACGAGGGUCACUCUAAUGAUCCAGAGUUCGUUGAGAUGGUGAGGCAGAGGUCGAUUAGACCCACCACCGUCGGAUACACCGCGAGAAGAGCCGCAAGUGUACGGCGCUCCGCUAGGUUUCAC